GAGGCUGGCAGGCCAAGGUCACACCAGCCAAAACUGCUGAACCCCAGUCCCGUCCCUUGUUGCGCGGGUCCAGGACCUGUGGGGCCUCCUCUCCGCGAAGCGUGAAGCUGGGUACGCUGGGGACCAUGCAGAGGGCUGGGGCCAGGGCCCGAAGGGCCUCCGACUGCGGGCCUGCACCCUACCGGCCCAGGUGCAUUGCCAAGUUCGCCCAGUACGUGGGAUCCUUUCCUGUGGAUGAUUUGGACACUCAGGAGAGCGUGUGCCUUGUACAGCAGCAUCUGUGGGCCCUGCAGGACUGUUCCCGACGCCGGGCCGUCAUCCUGAAAUUCAGUCUUCAGGGUCUCAAGAUCUACAGUGGGGAGGGCGAGGUGCUCCUCAUGGCCCAUGCUCUGAAGCGCAUCCUCUAUGCCACCUGGAACCCAGCCGCCUGCCAGUUUGCUUUUGUUGCCCGGAACCCACGCAGCCCGGCCAGCAAGCUUUUCUGUCAUCUCUUUGUGGGGAGCCAGCCUGGAGAGAUUAAUAUCCUGUACCUGCUGCUCUGCCGAUCCUUCCAGCUUGCUUACCUCUUGCAACACCCUGAGGAGAGGGCGCAGCCUGAGCCCUCCCUGGUGCCUGGAGGGGACAUGUCCCUGAAGCCACUCUGCAGCCCUGGGGUGGCCCCUGCAUUAGUGCGGGAGCCCUUCAGCCGGGAUCAGCUGUCACAGAAUGUCCAUGCCCUGGUGUCCUUCCGGCGGCUUCCUGCAGAAGGGAUACUGGGCAGUAAUGGGAAGGAGCUGCCAGAGCCAGAGGGCCGUGGGGGCACCCGUCACAUUCGUCUAGGGAACCCCUACUGCUCACCCACAUUGGUGCGCAAGAAGGCCAUUCGCAGCAAGGUGAUCCGCUCCGGGGCCUACCGAGGCUGCACCUAUGAGACACAACUGCAGCUGUCAGCCCGGGAAGCCUUUCCUGCUGCAUGGGAGGCAUGGCCCCGUGGCCCUGGUAGCCCCUCGUGCCUGGUGGAGAAUGAGGGAAGCCUGACAGAGAACAUCUGGGCCUUUGCUGGCCUUUCCAGGUCCUGUGCUCUUGCCCUGCUUCGGAGAGAUGUGCACGGGGCCUUCCUGCUGUGGCCCGAGCCAGGUACCAGCGGCCAGUGGAGCCUGUCUGUCCGGACCCAGUGUGGCGUGGUGCCUCACCAGGUCUUCAGAAACCACCUAGGCCGGUACUGCCUAGAGCACCUGCCAGCAGAGUUCCCCAGCCUGGAGGCCCUGGUGGAGAGCCACUCCGGGAUGGAGCGCAGCCUCUUCUGCCCACUCAGCAUGGGCCGGCUCAACCCUACCUACGAAGAGCAGGACUCCGGUCCUGAGGGCAGGUUCCCACGGACUCUGCGGCCCCUCAGCCAUGCCAAGUCUGAGGCAGAAUUGCAAGGCCUGGGCUAGCACACAGCCAGCCCUCAGUCCCCUGUGGGCCCAGCCUUGCCUCGGCCCCUGGGUGGCAACGGUCAUUCUGCCCUUCUUGCACCCCACCCACUGGUCACCAGCUCCAGACAGGUCAAUCUGCCCCUUGAUUGGUCUUCCAUCACUUCACUGCCAUGGGAGAGGAGCCCUGAGAUUGGAGGUGGAGAUAACGGGACCUCUCCCAGGACCUGGGGCCAGCUGAGGUACCAGGAUGAACAUGUAGAGCCAGAGGGCUGGUAACUCUAGAUGACUUUGGGGAAGUGGCCAUUGCUAGGUUCCUACUGUCCUUGUGCAGAGGCUUCCCCAGCAGUUUAUGAUGUGGGUGCAGUCUUUGCUGGAGGAGGCGAAGCCUCUGCUGGGUGGGGAACCCCAGGAUGCUCCCCAUAGGGAACCAGAGCCUUAGGGGAGUUUCUGGCUUGCACCUUCAGCUCAUUUCCUGAAGUCACUUUGAGUGGGGCUAGCAGUGAGCACACCGCAGUCAGCUUGGUGGCUGCUUUAGGAAGCCACUUAAUGCUGGUGUUUCCUCUAACACAGCGCUGACCGUUGGGCAUGGCUGGCACUGGUCACCUCAGCCCUAUUUGCGGUGGAGAACUAGGAUUAAUGCAAGCCUCAUGGAGGGGAGGUGACCUUAGCAAGGGCCAGUCCAGGGACAUAUCCUGGAGGGUCUAGCCAGGGAACGACAAAUUCAGGUGUCCCUUAAAUCAACUCUGCAGAAUAUAUGAAUCUACCCAAAAGAACAAA